AUGAUUUUGAAAUCUUUUCUACUAGGUAAUCUAUUAUCCUUAUGCAUGAAGAUAAUAAAUUCGGUCGUUGUGGGCGGACUCUAUUAUGGAUUUCUGACCACAUUCUCCAUAGGGCCCUCUUCUCUCUUCCUUCUCCGAGCUCGGGUUAUGGAAGAAGGAACCGAGAAGGAGGUAUCAGCAACAACUGGUUUUAUUACGGGACAGCUCAUGAUGUUCAUAUCGAUCUAUUAUGCGCCUCUGCAUCUAGCAUUGGGUAGACCUCAUACAAUAACUGUCCUAGUUCUACCGUAUCUUUUGUUUCAUUUCUUCUGGAACAAUCACAAAAACUUUUUUUAUUAUGGAUCUACUACCAGAAAUUCAAUGCGUAAUCUCAGCAUUCAAUGUGUAUUCCUGAAUAAUCUAAUUUUUCAAUUAUUCAACCAUUUCAUUUUACCAAGUUCAACGUUAGCCAGAUUAGUCAACAUUUAUAUGUUUCGAUGCAACAACAAGAUGUUAUUUGUAACAAGUAGUUUUGUUGGUUGGUUAAUUGGUCCCAUUUUAUUCAUGAAAUGGGUUGGAUUGGUAUUAUUCUGGAUACGGCAAAAUCAUUCUAUUCGAUCUAAUAAGUACCUUGUUUCAGAAUUGAGAAAUUCUAUGGCUCGAAUCUUUAGUAUUCUCUUAUUUAUCACCUGUGUUUACUAUUUAGGCAGAAUGCCGUCGCCUAUUGUCACUAAGAAACUGAAAGAAACCUCAGAAAUGGAAGAAAGGGGAGAAAGUGAGGAAGAAAGCGAUGUAGAAACAACUUCCGAAACGAAGGAGGCUAAACAGGAACAAGAGGGAUCCGCCGAAGAAGACCCUUCCCUUUGUUCGGAAGAACAGGAAGAUCCGGAAAAAAUAGAUGAAACGGAAGAGAUCCGAGUGAAUGGAAAGGAAAAAACAAAGGGGGAAUUCCACUUUCACUUUAAAGAGACAUACUAUAAAGAUAACCCAGUUUACGAAGAUUCUUAUCUUGAUACCUAUCAAGAUAAUUGGGAAUUGGGAAGACUUAAAGAAGAGAAAAAUGAAAAGACUUAUUUCUGGUUUGAAAAACCUCUUGUGACUUUUCUUUUCGAUUAUAAACGAUGGAAUUGUCCAUUGCGAUAUAUAAAAAAUGAUCAGUUUGAAAAUGCUGUACGAAAUGAAAUGUCACAAUAUUUUUUUUAUACAUGUCCAAGUAAUGGGAAACAAAAAAUAUCUUUUACAUAUCCACCUAGUUUAUCGACUUUUUCGGAAAUGAUAGAACGGUCUUUGUACACGACAAAAAAAUUAUCCCAUGGAGACCUGUAUAAUUAUUGGGUUUAUACCAAUGAACAAAAAAAAUACAACUUGAGCAAUGAAUUAAUAAGUCGAAUAAAAGCUCUAGAAAAAGAAAAAAAAGAAAAGGGAUUUCUUUCUCUAGAUAUGCUAGAAAAAAGGACUAGAUUUUGCAAUCAUGAGAAUGAACAAGAAUGCUUGAUCAAAACAUAUGAUCCUUUAUUGAGCGGACCAUGCCGUGGAGCAAUAAAAAAAUUGGAUUUACGUACAAUCAUGAAUGAUUUUAUCCCUUAUAUGGAAGAUUCCAUAAAAAGUCUUUGGAUAAAUAAGAUCCAUGAGCUACUUCCUAAUAAUUUCCGAGAAUUUGAACAUCAAAAGAAUUCGCUUGGUGGCGGUAAAUCAUUUUUGAAUUAUAUUGGUAAUUCCUUAACUUCACUUUCUUUUGAAUUCACACCCAAUUUUUGUUUGAAAAACUCUUCUUUAUUGGCAGAACAAAGAAAAAUCGAUUCAGAAAGUCAAGCAAAAUCUUUGAAAUUUGUAUUCGAUAUAAUUACAAUUGAUCCAAAUGAUCAAACAACUAGAAAUGAAUCUAUUGGAAUAGAAGAAAUCAGUAAAAAAGUUUCUCGAUGGUCAUAUAAAUUGACCAAUGUUUUGGAAGAACAGGAGGAAGAAAAUGAGGAAAAAUCGACGGAAGAUAGUGAAAUUCGUUCAAGAAAAACCAAAUAUGUGAUAAUUUAUACUGAUAAUGAGAAUAAUACCAAUUCUAUUACUAAUAAGGAUAAUAAUAUUGAUAGUGAUCAAAGAGAAGAGGUGGCUUUGAUACGCUACCCGCAACAACCGGAUUUUCGUAGGGAUAUAAUAAAAGGAUCCAUGCGUACUCAAAGACGUAAAACAGUUAUUUGGCAAAUGUUUCAAGCAAAUGCGCAUUCCCCCCCUUUUUUGGGUCGAAUAGACAAAACAUUUUUUUUUUCUUCUUUUGAUAUCUCUGAAAUGAUGAAUCUCAUUUUUAGGAAUUUGGUCGAGAGAGAACCGGAAUUGAAAAUUUCCAAUUUUGAGGAGGAAGAGACAAAAGAAAAGAAAAAAAAAAACGAGGAGAAAAAAAAAGAGGAAAAUGAACGGAUAGCAAUUUCAGAAACUUGGGAUAACGUUCUAUUUGCUCAAGUAAUAAGAAGUUCAAUGUUAGUAACCCAAUCUUUUCUUAGAAAAUACAUUGUAUUGCCUUCAUUGAUAAUAGCUAAAAAUAUUGUCCGUAUUUUAUUAUUCCAAUCGCCCGAGUGGUAUGAGGAUUUGAAGGAAUGGGAUAGAGAAAUACAUGUUAAAUGCACCUAUAAUGGUGUUCAAUUAUCGGAAACGGAAUUUCCAAAAAAUUGGUUAACAGACGGUAUUCAGAUAAAGAUUCUAUUUCCUUUCUUUCUUAAACCUUGGCGAAGAUCUAAAAUACGAUCUCAUCAUAGAGAUCCAAUGAAAAAAAAAGGAAAAAAAGAAGAUUUUUGUUUUUUAACAAUUUGGGGAAUGGAAGCAGAAGUUCCCUUUGGUUCUCCCCGAAAACGACCUCUUUUUUUUAAACCUAUUUAUAAAGAACUCAAAAAAAAAAUUAGAAAAGUAAAAGUUCUAAAAGUUUUUAAAGAAAAAAAAAGAUGGGUUAUCAAAAUAGUUCUAGUUAUAAAACAAAAAAUGAAGGAACUUGAAAAAGUAAACCCCAUUUUCUUAUUUGGAUUGAGGAAGGUAAAAGUAUAUAAACCGAAUGAAAAUGUAAGAGAUUCUAAAAUAAAUAAUAAGAUUAUUCGCAAAUCAACCAUUCGAAUUCGAUCCAUGAAUUGGGCAAAUUACUCACUCAUAGAAAAAAAAAUAAAGGAUCUUGCUGACAGGACAGUCACAAUCAGGAAUCAAAUAGAACUAGAACGAAUUAGAAAAGACAAGAAAAAAAUAGUUCUAACUUGUGAUGAUAAAAAAUCGGAAUCACAGAAACAUAUUUUGCAGAUAUUUAAAAGAAAAAAGAUCCGAUUUAUACGUAAAUUAAAUUAUUUUAUGAAAUCAUUCAUUGAAAAAAUAUACAUAGAUAUCUUUCUACGUAUGAUUACUAUUUUUAGGAUCAAUGCACAACUUUUCCUUGAAUCAAUAAAAAAAAUUAUCACAAAAUCGAUUUACAACGAUGAAACAAAUCGAGAAGGAAUUGAUGAAAGAGAUCAAAAUACAAUGAACUUUAUUUCGACUAUAAAAAAAUCGUUUUCUAAUACUAAUAUCAGUAAUAAUAAUUCAAAUAUUUAUUAUUAUUAUUAUUAUAAUUAUGAUUUAUCCUCUUUGUCCCAAGCAUAUGUAUUUUACAAAUUAUCACAAACCCAAUUACUUAACAAGUAUCACUUGAGAUCUGUACUUCAAUAUACCAGGACCCAUUCUUUUAUUAAGGAUAAAAUCAAGGAUUAUUGUAUGACACGAGGAAUAUUUGAUUCCAAAUCAAAGCAAAAGAAAAUUUAUAAGUCUGGAAAAAAUGAAUGGAAAAACUGGUUAAAGGGCCAUUAUCAAUACAAUUUAUCUCAGACAAAAUGGUCUCGAUUAGUACCUCAAAAAUGGCGAAAUAGAAUCAACCAACGUUCUAUGAUUCAAAAUAAAAACUCAAUUAAAUUUGAUUCACAUAAAAAAGAAAAAGACCAAUUAAUUCAUUACAUGAAGCAAAAUUACUAUGCGAUGGCAGUGGAUUCAUUGACGAGUCAAAAAGAAAAAUUUAAAAAACACUACAGAUAUUAUCUUUUAUCACAUAAAUAUAUGAAUUAUGGGAAUAGGAAGGACUCAUAUAUUUAUGAAUCAACAUUACAAGUAAAAGGAGACCAAGAAAUUCCAUACAAUUUCAAUACACUGAAACCCGAAUCAUUUUAUGUAUUGGUAAGUAUACCUAUUAGUAAUUAUCUAGAAAAGGAAUAUAUUAUUGCUACACAUAAAAAUCUGGAUAGAAAAUAUUUUGAUUGUAGAAUUCUCCAUAUUUAUCUUAGAAAAGAUAUUUUUUCUAAGACAAUUCAUCAAGGAAUUAAACCAUCCAAUCAAAAAAGUGUUUUUUUUGAUUGGAUGGGAAUGAAUCAAGAAAAGGUUUAUCGUACCAUAUCAAAUCUAGAACCCCGGUUCCUCCCAGAAUUUGUGCCACUCUUUGAUGCAUAUAGGAUUAAACCAUGGAUCAUACCAAUCAAAUUUCUUCUUUUUAAUAUUUAUUUCUAUAAAAAUAUUAGUCAAAAUAAAAGCAUCAACAUAAAUCAAAAUAAAAAAAAUCUUCAGAUAUCACCUAAUCAAAAAGAAUAUCUUAAAUUAGAAAAUUCCAACCAAGAGAAAAACGAACAACAGGGACAAGAAAAUCUUGGAUCAGAUCUACGAAAACAAAAAAAAAAAAAUGUUGAAGACAAUUACGCGAGAUCAGACAUUAAAAAAGGUAAAAAGAAAAAACAAUCCAAGAAAAAGAAGGAAACAGAAUUCAAUUUCUUCCCGAAAAAAUAUUUCCUUUUUCAAUCAAGAUGGAAUGACUCCUUGAAUCAAAGAAUGAUCGAUAAUAUCAAGGUAUAUUGUCACCUACUUAGACCGAUAAAUCCAAGUAAAAUUGCUAUAUCCUCGAUUCAAAAAGGAGAGAUAAAUCUGGGUGGAAUGCUAAUUCAUAAAGAUCCAACUCUUAGAGAAUUGAUAAAAAAAGGAAUAUUGAUUGUCGAACCGAUUCGUUUAUCUAUAAAAGGGGAUGGAAAAUUUAUUAUAUAUCAAACCCUAGGUAUUUCAUUGAUCGAUAAAAUUAAGCACCAAACUAACAGAAAAUGUAUAAAAAAAAGAUAUGUUGAUAAGAAUAAUUUUGAUAAAUCCGUUGCAAGACACGACAGUAUGCUUGUGAAUGGAGACAAAAGUCAUUAUGAUUUCUUUGUUCCUGAAAAUAUUCUAUCUCCUAGACGUCGUAGAGAAUUGAGAAUUCUAAUUUGUUUUAAUUCUCGUAAUUGGAAUUUUGUGGAUAGAAAUCUAGUAUUUUGCAAUGAAAAAAGCAACAUAAGAAACUCUGGAAAAUUUUUGAAUGAGGACAAGCAUUUUAAUACUAAUACAGAUACAAAUAAAUUCAUUAAAUGCAAAUUGUUUCUUUGGCCCAAUUACCGAUUAGAAGAUUUAGCUUGUAUGAAUCGCUAUUGGUUUAAUACCAAUAACGGCAGUCGUUUCAGUAUGUCGAGGAUAUAUAUGUAUCCACGAUUCAGAAUUUGUUAA